AUGAACGGUUACGUCCAGAUACCAUCUUAUACACCUCCCGAUUACGAAUUAUACCACCCCGUUCCAGUCACCAUACCUGUGAAUGGCGCACCUCCUAUCCCUUUGCCACAGUUGGCAUUGCCGUUGCCUUUGGACACGACACGGUCAUGUCUUCUUAGCCAGUUGGAAUAUUAUCUGAGCUCUCAGAACAUGGCACAGGACUUCUUCCUCCGGCAGCGGAUGGAUGAUCAGGGAUGGAUACCCAUUUCACUGAUCGCUUCAUUCAACAGAGUAAAAAAGCUUACCACAGAUGUCAAUCUCGUGCGCGAUGUGCUCGACCUGUCUAGCUUGAUUGAGGUCAAGGGUGAAUAUGUUCGGAUGGCCAGGGAGCAGUGGAAACAGUUCAUCUUGCCCAAUGCUCCAAGGAGCAUUGUGUGCCAUCCGAUCGAAUCUGAGGCAAUAGAGCCUCAGGACGAUCAGGUCGCUUAUGCUCAGGUUCAGGAUGGUGAAAUAGAAGAAGAAGGUGAUACAUAUGGGGAGGAUGACGACGACGAAGACAUUGUCUUUGUCAUUGGCGAAGAAGCAGAAGGCUCAUGGGCGCCAGAACGACGACCAGUAGCAUCGGAAAGCACUUGA